CGCACCAAAAACCCACACCUCCUUUUCCUUCUUCCUCUGCAAGCAAAGCAACCCGGUCGAACACCACACGCCGCGCCCCCUCCUCCACUCCUCCUCUCUCCUCCGCCGCCGCGGCCAUGGUGCUCGAGCUCGAGGCGACGGUGAUAUGCGUGGACGACUCCGAGUGGAUGCGGAACGGCGACUACCCGCCGACGCGGCUCCAGGCGCAGGAGGACGCCGCCAACCUCGUCGUCGGCACUAAAAUGACGUCGAACCCGGAGAACACGGUCGGGGUGCUGGCCAUGGCUGGGGACAGAGUGCGCGUGCUCCUCGCGCCCACCAGCGACCCCGUCAAGUUCCUCGCCUGCAUGCACGGGCUGGAAGCUAGUGGUGAAGCAAAUUUGACUGCUACUCUAAAUAUUGCUGAACUGGUACUUAAAAAUCGUCCCGACAAAAGACUGAGUCAGAGGAUAGUUGUUUUUGUUGGCAGCCCUGUAAAAGAUGAAAAGUUAGAGACAAUUGGAAAAAAGCUGAAGAAGUAUAAUGUUUCUCUUGAUGUUGUUGAAUUUGGCGAAUCUGACGAUGAAAAGCCUGAGAAACUAGAAGCUCUUGUUGCUGCAGUUGGUGGCAGCAGCCACAUAGUUCACAUCCCACCUGGGGAAGAUCUUCGUGCCGUCCUUGCCAAUACACCGAUAAUUACUGGAGAUGAAGGAGGGGGUGCUGCAGCCGGUGGAGCAUCUAGAUAUGAAUACAAUGUUGACCCAAAUGUGGAUCCAGAGUUUGCAGAAGCACUUCGUUUAUCAGAGAUAGCAAGGCAAGAAGCUGCAGCCGAUGGAGCAUCUAGAUAUGAAUACAGUGUUGACCCAAAUGCGGAUCCAGAGUUAGCAGAAACAUUUCGUUUGGCUGCAGGGGAACCUUCAACCUCAAACACUGAUACUGUUCUCUUGGAAUCUGACUCAGACACUUAUGUUCCUUUUCAUGAGUUCAUACAAAAUAAUCCUUUUGUGACUGGAGCGGAAUCUGCCUCAGAUAGACCUGCUGACGAUGAGAGGGCAACGGAAGAAGGGUUCCGUAUGAUACGAGAAGCUCUUGCAAGGUCUGCAAAUGCAGCACAUGCUGAAAUAUCAGGCAAUUCCUCAUCUGGGCAGGAGUUGGAAUUAGGUUAAGCGAGAAGAUUAACUACAUAUUGUUAACAUGUGUCCAUUGUUUUUGCCAUAUGGAGGUUGGCAGGUUGCGCUUCUGGUUUUUUUAAGUCAUUUCUUUGUUAAUAAUACUGGCAUUAAACAAUGUGAGUUUCAUCAAUUGUGUACUUUUUACAACCUAAGAUUAUUUUAUUUAGUUGUAUAAUUGAUCAUAUUUUUUUGCUAUCCACAUCAGAAGGUUUAUUUUCAACAGAAGAAUACCUGUUCCAACUGAUCCGCAAAGGACUGGAGAGAUAUGCUUUCAGUUUGAAGUGGAAGAUAUCAUCAAUUUGAUAUGCUGGCAAGGGUGGCAGCAAUGCAAAUACAGGAGCAAGAGGAGGAAGAGGAGGGAGACGAGCAAGACGAGGCAGAUGAUGACGUGUAAAUGUCGUCAGGUGGUUCUGUUUCCUUCGAGCUCCUUUGUUAGCUCUGGACCGGAUUUGUAGUCAGAUGAAUCGAUCAUAGCAUACAUAGGAAUAUACGAUUGGUAUAGCCAUCUUCUUAUUGUGGUUCUCUGUAACUAUCGAUUGAACCACCAUAUUGCGUAGUCAAAGGAAGAAGUAGAGAAAGAGCUGAGCCUGUUAGAAGUAGUAAAAUACUUUGUACAUUGCUGUACAUGUUGGAUCUUGGAUUUCCCUGGUUUUGUUACGUCGUGGUAGAGGGAGGUCCAGUACUUGCGGGUAUGUUGUGAAAAACGUUCAUGUGUACCCAGAAACAUUGAGGUUUUGAGCUUUUUUAUCUGCUAUAGCCUAUACAUUGGAAUUCCUUAUAA